AAAAUUGGAAAGAUGGCUGACAAUGGCUUACAACUAGUUAAAACAUGGUACAGUGCUACACUGCCUAAAAUACUUGCACAUAAAAAGAACAAGGUCAAUCCAAUUACCAAUAAACCAACCCUCGUCAAGAAACAAGACUCGCUAUCUCAUUAUAUCAUCAAAAAACUCACUCUUCCAAAACGUAUUGCAUCCACUACAACAACAUUUCCUAAAGUUAAUAGUUCUCUUGACCGGAAAAAGUGUUUGACAAAAGAAAAUAUACACAUUUAUCUCAAAUCUCCGUAUGCUGUUGCCAAUGCUCAACUUUCAGGCACAGUCGUAAUUGAAUUGGACAGUCAAGACAGUAAUGAAGAAUUACAAGAUAUCAUGACAAGAUUGGAAUUGUAUUUUAUUGGCACAGAAAGUAUGUACAGUUGAAUUUUCUUAUCUUAAUAUGUAUAAAUUAGCUGUUCAAGACAAGACAAAUGAAUUCAUCAACAUGAAAGUGAAAAAGAGACCCAAUGAUCAUAUCAAAGCAAACAAGCUAUGUAUACCAUUUUCGAUUCCCAUUCCUCCAGACUUGAAUGGAACGUUUGUCAGUAAAAAAGGUUCAAUUGAAUACUAUUUGCAGAGUGAGUUAUUAUUAUCAGAACCAAUCAUAAAGAAACAGAAUGUAUUUGUUUACGCCAAUAUGAAAUUAAAAUCACUGAGAGAAUCAGCCAUAUUUUAUUCAUCCCUAUUAGAAGCUGAUAGACAGGUACUCAGGUCAACUUAUGGACAUGUUUCUGUUGACCUGUCUAUGCCACGCACACUUUGGAUAUCAGGCACGCCUAUUUAUCUAUCAUUUAAAUUGCAUAAUUAUACCUUGUUUGAUACAGUGUCUGAUAUCAAACUCCAAUUGGUUUGCAAGCAAGAUGUAAUGGACAAUGAUACUAUCUGUAAUAUAGUCUCGCAUACUUCGCUGGCAAGUCUAGGAUGGUGGAGGCCAUUAGAACCCAAUUCAAAAGACCACGUCACAAUGACAAUUGAUGUGCCUCCAAACUUGUUUACGAUUCAGAACCAAGCAUUGAUCCAAGUAUCCUUUUCUGUCCAUGUCUCUAUUUACUCUUUACAAAAUUCUGAUGUGAUUGCAGAUAUUCCAGUAACAAUUGCUCAUCCAAUCUCGAUGGAUCCACCACCUGGCAAUUACACAAAGACAAAAACUUCUCAAAUGCCUUUAUUUCCUCAAAAUAAUUUUCAAAAACAACAACAGGCAACCAAGAUCCUUGAAGAAACAAGCUCUGUUUCCUCCAUGGAUUCCAUAAUUCAUACACGAGGUGUGUCCUCUGUUACCUCCAUUUCAGAUAACCUAAAAGACCAAGCGUCUUCCAUCAGCAGCAACAGCACUAAAUUCCACACAAUCAAAAAGAAUUUAAUUCAUUGGGGCUCACUCCACAUUGAGAAUUUCAUCGCCCUUGUUCGGUGCUUCUUCUUCCGGUUAUCAUGAUAUAGACUCCAUUGACUUGUCUUCUUCAGCUUCUAUCAGUAGUCAAUAUCCAGAAAAGAGCAUGAUGAAGUUUGGGCAAAUGAAAGGUCCUCAAUGCUUUGGGCAACAGCCUGACUGUUUAGGUAAUGCAGGUCUUGAUAUUCGAAAAUGCUUUAAUGUGGCUACUGCUUCAGAAG